AGAAAAACGGAUGAAGUUACGAACGCUCAAUAUGACCGGUGUAACAAAACGUCAUUAAACUGUUGACAGCAGCAGUUACAUGCGAGUUAAGUAUGCUAUGCCGAGUAAAAUUGUCAGAGUGAGUUCUCUUACUUGUGUCUGUAAAUUUCUAGCUAGCUAGCCAACUUUAGCUUGGAUGCUUGACUGCCGUUGUGAGGUCAGAACGCUCGGAUCAACCCUACUCCUCGGCCAGAGGGUCCAGUGUACGCUCCGAGAGCGAAACGCUCUGAAUAUAUGAACGCCCAGAUCUCAGGCAGGCAUUCCAAAGUGAAUUUACGAACACACCAUUAUUCUGAAGGAUUGCAAAAAUCCGUGACCCGGAAGAGUUUAGCUAGUUUUUAUUGCCUGCUUCACAGCGGUGGGAAAACGGGAGUCGGGCAAUUACAAACAUGAACAAGCUGAAGUCCUCACAGAAGGAUAAAGUUCGACAGUUCAUGAUCUUCACACAAUCGAAUGAGAAGACUGCAUUGACCUGUCUGUCACAGAAUGACUGGAAACUAGAUGUCGCCACAGACAACUUUUUCCAAAAUCCAGACCUCUACCAUUCAAAUCUAAAAGGAGCAUUAGACAAGAAAAAGUUAGAACAGCUCUACAACAGAUACAGAGACCCACAAGAUGACAACAAGAUCGGUAUAGAUGGCAUCCAGCAGUUCUGUGACGAUUUGGGCCUGGACCCGGCCAGUAUUAGUGUGCUCCUCAUUGCCUGGAAGUUCCGGGCAGCAACACAGUGCGAGUUCUCCAGACAGGAGUUCAUGGACGGGAUGGCAGAACAAGGGUGUGACAGUAUAGAGAAACUAAAAGCCCAACUACCAAAAAUGGAGCAAGAGUUAAAGGACCAAGGGAAAUUUAAGGACUUUUACCAAUUUACAUUUAACUUUGCAAAGAAUCCUGGCCAGAAAGGUUUGGACUUAGAAAUGGCAAUUGCGUAUUGGAAUUUAGUACUGGCUGGAAGAUUCAAAUUCCUGGACCUGUGGAAUACAUUUUUAGUGGAGCACCAUAAACGAUCAAUCCCUAAGGACACCUGGAACCUCUUGUUAGACUUCAGCACAAUGAUAACUGAUGACAUGUCCAAUUAUGACGAGGAAGGAGCGUGGCCAGUCCUCAUUGAUGAUUUUGUGGAGUUUGCGCGGCCGCACAUCGGUACCAAAAGCACAGCAGUCUAGGUUCCCAAACUCGGAACGUCCAUACGUUUGUUUAUACAAAAAACACAACCAAGGCGGUGAAACGGAGCACAGGGGACUGCACUGAGCUGAGAUCUAUGUUGCCUUUUCCAACCCUCAGGACUGAGAUGUUUUACACAAAGACUAUAAAGAAGGCAUGUCUCCUCGUCGGUCGUCUUGUGGUGGUUUGGGCUUUUAUCUUUAGUAUGGGGCUUUUUUGUGUCGACUCUAGCCUCCUGGAGAGGAGUCGCCAUCCUGGACCUUACAGUUCCUGUCCCAGUGUUUGUUGACGCGGUCAAGGUUCGCGUGAAACAAACCAACACCCCGAAAAGACAAAUACAAUUGUAUCGUAUUCUAAAUACAAGGGUCCGUGAGGGACUGUCAUUCUUUAAAUAUGAAAUAGAAUUUUAAUACUUUGUGUGCAUUCCUGCAAUGAAUUUUGUUUUAUGAGAAAUUUGUGUGACUGACCAGUACAAAAACAUUGAUUGUAAUAUUAUUUUUUUGGUUUUAAGCGUAAUGCUUUUCAAUACACAUGUAUAAGGUAAUAAAAUGUUUCAAUUUGGUAUCUC